CAAUCCCCACCGGAACUAUCGCCUUGCUUUCCUUCGCUGCACUUGUCCCUAACGGACAAGUAACAGUGCUCUCUUUGCUUCGCCUACCAUCUCGUACUAUGUUCCGACCAGGUCCUACCGUACGCCUCUCUGCGCACCUUCGGCGUGCACUCGCAACGCAUGUCGCUUCACCCACGCCAUCGCCAACGCGUCAUUCCUGGUCCAAGCAAGACAUCCAGAAGAUAUAUGACUCGCCGUUGCUCGAUCUCGUAUUCCGCGCCGCUUCCAUACAUCGGGAGCACCACGAUCCGAGUAAGAUUCAGCUAUGCACGCUGAUGAACAUUAAGACCGGCGGCUGCUCUGAGGACUGCUCAUACUGUUCCCAAUCCUCGCGCUACUCGACGCCCACCAAGGCGUCUCGCCUGGUGGACAUCGAGCCCGUCUUGGAAGCCGCACGUAAAGCCAAGGAGAACGGCAGCACCCGAUUCUGCAUGGGCGCCGCCUGGCGCGACCUGUCCGGCCGGAAGCGCGGGUUCGAGCGCAUCCUGACCAUGGUGCGCGAGAUUCGGGGGAUGGGCAUGGAAGUAUGUACCACUCUGGGGAUGUUGAGCCCCGAGCAGGCGAGACAGCUGAAAGAAGCCGGUCUUACUGCGUACAACCACAAUUUGGACACAUCUCGGGAGUAUUAUCCAGAGGCAAGUCAUCGCGGCUCAUCAGUGAUCACCACGCGUUCCUACGAUGAGCGUCUAGACACUAUUUCUGCUGUCCGCGACGCCGGCAUCAGCGUUUGCUCAGGUGGCAUCCUGGGCCUAGGAGAGACGGACAAGGACCGCGUGGGUCUGAUUUGGGAGGUGGCGAACAUGCCAGAGCACCCGGAGUCGUUCCCGGUAAAUGCGCUGGUGCCUAUCAAGGGUACGCCGCUCGAGAACAACGAGCCUGUGCCGUACCAGACCAUUCUUCGGACCAUUUCUACCGCCCGCAUCGUGUUGCCACGAACGAUCAUACGUCUUGCGGCUGGGAGGCAGACGCUGGACGAGACACAGCAGGCCAUGUGCUUCAUGGCUGGCGCCAAUGCGGUAUUCACGGGGGAGCAGAUGUUGACCACGCCCUGUUCGCCGUGGGACGAAGACAAGGCGAUGAUGGGACGGUGGGGCCUUGAGGGAAUGGGCAGCUUCGAGCAGGCCGACGUAGCGCUCAAGGAGGGGGCGCGACUUGCCGUCCAGGCAGAUGUACGCUCGCCGACGGCACCCACAGAUGCUUCCAAGGAAGACGAGAGAAAUGUCGUCUGAAUUCGGCGUUCAAUGGAAGGUCGAUAACGCGGCGCGCGGUUGGAGCGUCUCACGCAACGGUAUGGUGGAUAGGCAGAAGGUAGGGUAGAAGCGGAGAAGGCGAAUGCGCUGUACUAGAGGAAUGUAGAGACCGGCGACGCAGACGGUGGUGGUUCGCCAGCCGUGUUUCGGUUAGAUUGG